UGUAGAAUCCAUAAUUUCAAACAGUUCCAAGAUUGGGCUACUAGUUCAAAAGUUACAGCCCUUUCAAUUUUCUUUCGAAUUUGGUUUCUAUUGGAUACCUAAAUCUGAUGGUAGAAGUUAAAAAUGGGCUGGUGGGCUUUCGGGAGAAAUAUCGCACAUGGGUAGCAACACUGUCAAGUCCAAAAAUGUCAUAUCAUAAAAAAAAAAAAUAAAAAUAAAAAAGUUUGUAAUAUUCUUCCACUUAUGACAGUGUUGCUGUGUCAAGUGGUGUUCUAUUCAAUGUUGUGGAUGUUAACAUUUAGUUUUGCAGUGAAAUAACUCAAACUAAUUAGGUCUCAUUGCUGUAAUUGCAAGUUAAAAGGUCGAGUCAGGAAACAGCGAAUGAGGCCUAAAGGGUACUGCAAAACAAAAUAUUGAAGAUGCUGCAGAAAUUUUAGAGGCAAAGAUAAUAACGGGCGAUCAAAAAAGAAUUACUGCCGAGUCGCCUUUGGAAGUUCACACAAAUUCCAAGGGUGACUCGACAGCAUAUUAAAUAGUGUUUCAUUUUAUAAUUUUGGCAUUAUUUCAGGCAGAAACUCGUAUAGAUAAUUUAGAAGAAUCUAUUAUAGACAAUAAUAUACAGGAUACUUUAGAGGAAUCCAUUAUAGAUAAUAAUAUUUUGGAUUCGGUAAAAAAACAUACCUACAGGCAACGUAUACAUAACUAUAAUUAUAAUGGGAAUUUUCGCCAGAAAAUAAAUUACGAAUUGAAUCACUGGAUAACAUGGAUGAUGAUUUACUACAAGCGAGACUAUAAAAGCAACCUAUAAUCAAGAAUGUCUUCUAAACAAAUUCCGAUCUUGUUUUACUCCAGCUAAUUUGGCUUAUACCGAAGAAAAUGGAUAUAGCACCACUUUAACUAGAAUUUUAGAACUACAAUAGGCCGAUUUAUUGCCACUUGAAACAAAGAAAAUUACUAGCGGAUCGAGUUCAGAAACAUCCAGUUCUAGUUAUGAUCCUAUGGAAUCUUCCACCGAUUCCAGUAUUGCGGACACUGGCGAGGAUAAUGAGCUGCCGGGUUAAGAAAAUCGCGGAAUGAAAAAAAGCUUGGAAAAAAAAUAUAAAGGUCCUUCCAGGCGACACUAUAGCUUCGGGCUGAAGCGUCUCGACGAAAUCGUGAAGUUGUAUCGAUUUGUUAAGAGCAACAGGUGUUCGAAUGAUGAUCAUGUUCGUUUCGGAAACAAAGAGCGACGCUUCAUUAAUCACAACUUUACAAUCCGCCUGCAUCUUUUGGAGAAUAAGGCUACACCAACAAAAAUAAAUUGGAAACUUGAGUAGAUCCAGAGAAGAUGCCCUGCUGAUUUAAUCUUUUCUAAUUUCGUGGACUUUGAAAACACGGCUGAUUUUGAUCGGGACACAGCUAACGAACAAUGGAGUAAAGAUACAAUAUCAAGGGUUUAUUCGAAGUUACAAAGCAUCUAGUAUUUGGAAGGGCUACUGCUGAACAAUGUGAAAACUAUGUGUGUACUGUUUUCAUUCCAGGCAAAAAAUGACGACCAAGUGGAAGAAACGCAAUAGUUUAAUCUGCAAUUCUCUGACCACCGAUUCGGCCGUAGUUCAAGCAGUGGAAGAUGCUAUUCUGCAAAAUCGAUUAUCCGAAAACGACUUCAAACUUUCAAUCCAAGACUGUACACUACGCGACUUGAACAAUGGAUCCACAUUGAAAAACUGCACCAAAUUAACAAUAAAAAACAGCGCUCUAGCAUCUCUACCGCAAGACUUUCUCAACCUCAAUGAACUUUCACUCUACGACAACGAAAUCCAAGACGUCUCCUUCCUCUCAACUUUAACAAGCCUAACAGAGCUAAACAUGGAGGGCAACAAAGUGGUGGUUCCCGCGAAAACUUUCGACAACAUGACUCAACUGAAAUGGCUCAACCUUCGUGACAAUCCAAUCCAUCUACGCGAUCUGGACACGAAAUCCCUAGCUCUACUUACGACCCUCAUGUUACCAAGCAACGCAAUCGAAGACUUACCGCCCGACCUCUUUCACAACACCCCUCUGCUGCACACAAUCAAUCUAGACGACAACAAAAUAGCAACGCUACCAAAUCCUCUCUUUCGCGGCCUUCCAAAUUUACAGCAUCUUUCCUUAGCGCAAAACCGCAUCGACCAGCUACCACCGGGCCUAUUCGUAGAGCUAAACGCGCUCGAAAAUCUAAACUUGUCGCGUAACUCAAUUGAGGUCAUCAACACGUACACGUUCAUCGGUCUUAAGAAGGUGCAGCAGCUCAACCUCUCCAACAACCUGAUUAGACUCCUACCGGAAAAUGUCUUCAGAAACAUGUUGGAAAUACAGUCCAUCCUUUUGUCGCGGAACCGAAUUGAUGACGUAGACCAGGGCGCACUUCGCGGGCUUUACCUUUUGCAUAGCCUCGACAUGAGUUAUAAUUGCGCGAGCGAAAUUUCGGAGAGAUUUGAAGACAACAUGGAGUUGCACCUUCUCGACUUGUCGAAUAAUAAAGUUCGCGUUUUAACCGCUCGGUCCUUUAAAGGGUUGAGUAAACUGACGGACUUAAUGCUGGCCGGUAACGAAAUCGACGAGCUGGACGUGGAGUGCUUUGAGCCGUUGGUGAACGUUGCUAAUGUUGAGUUGGGCGGCAACAAGCUUGGGUCUCUGGGCAAGAGCGGGUUCGCGGGGAUGAAAGCUGCGGGCUCGCUGGUGCUUGACGAUAACUUCAUUGAGGUUAUUUCUGAGUACAGCUUCGCCGAUUUGGAGGAACUUGUGGUUUUAUCUCUGGAGGGGAAUGGGAUCAUGCAGCUGUUCGAGGGAAGCUUCUUCGGUCUGGAAACGUUGACGGAUUUGAAUUUGGAACGGAAUCGUUUGAAAAAGCUUCCCACGAACGUGUUUAAAAGUUUACGUUCGCUGGUGAUGCUUAGACUUGCGGAUAAUUGUAUUGACACGCUUGUGGAUGGUUGUUUUAACGGACUCUCGUCGUUAGUCACAUUAGAGUUAUCGUCGAACAGACUUGCCAAAUUGGAGGGGGGACGUUUUACUUCUUUGUCGCGGCUUCAACACUUGAAGCUCGAUCACAAUGGCCUGUGUGAACUAUCAGAGGCGGUUUUUGAGGGGUUGGUAGCUCUAAACACUCUAGACUUAGAUGAGAAUAGGUUAUCUUCAUUGCCAAGUUCGGCGUUUAAACGAAUGCGCAAACUGCAGACUUUAAACCUAUCCGGCAAUUCUUUGGAAGUAAUAGCGCUAGAUGCUUUUGAAGGCUUGCCAAACUUGAACCACCUAAAUCUAAGUGACAACGCUUUCGAAAUUUUUGACGGGAGUGCGUUGAACUUACUCCGCACUCAACUGAACUGCCUGCGUUUGAACGCCAACAAAAUUGCAUCAACGGCAACGGAUACCUUUCGCCAUUUCCCCCAAUUACGAACCCUCUCGCUGGAUCAAAACGAGCUGCUGUCAGUCGACAAGCUCCCCCACUUCCCAAACAUGCACACCCUCACACUGACGAAAAACAACAUCACGUCACUCUCAACCGACGUUUUUCAGUUUCGCCAAAAUCUCGUCAAUCUCGACUUGAGCUUCAACCUCUUGGACACGCUCGACGCUCAACAAUUCGCCCACUUGAACAACUUGAGAUGGCUCUCGCUCGAGGGUAACAAAAUACGCGAAAUAGAGUCGGGCGCUUUCGACGGCCUAAGCUCGCUGAUCGCGCUCGAUCUCAAUCGCAACCAAAUUUCGCACUUGCCGGACGACGCCUUCGAGGGCCUGUGCAGCGUCGCGGAGAUCAAUCUCGAAAAUAAUUUAUUGGCGAAACUGUCGCGAUGCGUCUUCGACAAUCUAGCGAAGUUGCGAUACGUUCAUUUGGACGGAAAUCGAUCGCAAAGUCUGCAGUAUAACGCAGGGCGUCAUAAAUUUGAGUGCGAAUCAAAAACUUAGGCCGCCAUUUUGCAGUAAAUCAAGUGCUAUCGGUUCAAUUAGUACCAACCUAUGCAGAAAAUAAUUUACAUAUCAAGCGGUCAGUGCUAAUACACGAACUCGUUUAGAACUAAGUAAGUUUAUGUAAAGUUGACCUCAAUUACGUCCACUUUGUAUACUGUAGGUUGUGUAAAAUAAUUUAGCCAAUGCGUAAAUAAAUAGUUAUUUACAUACAAGUACGGAAAAUGACACAUUACUGGCGAGGAAAUA